ACAACAGAAUUAUGUAACCAAAGCAGCAAGCAUUUAUUGAAUUUUACAACCAACCCAGCGGUUUCUCCAUAUACAUACUUCUAUUAUUUAUUAAUUAAUAAAUAAAUUACAAAAACAAAUAUUUAACUACAACAAUAUGGUGAAUAUAUCGCAGGACAGCGGUGGCAAACAUGCCCCCCAAGAAAUGGAACAAUUUAUACCCGGCGACGGUUUAAGCGGUAAUACAAAAUAUAAAAUUCAACCUCGCAAAGAUGCCGAACAUGCUUUAACCCAAUCCGAUUUUGAUCCCUUUUUGGCCCGUCAGAAUGAGCAUCCCACAACAGAUAAUGAAACCUUAACACAUUUGCUGAAAGCCUCUCUUGGUACUGGUAUUCUUUCUAUGCCCAUUGCUUUUAUGUACUCCGGUAUUAUAAUGGGUAUUUUUGCUACUAUAGCUACCGCUAUAGUCUGUACACACUGCAGUUAUGUAUUGGUAAAAUGUGGUCAUAAAUUGUAUUACAAAACCAGGCGUACAAAAAUGAGUUUUGCUGAAAUUGCUGAAGUUGCAUUUGAAAAUGGUCCCAAAUGGUGUCGCGGUUUUGCACCCAUUGCUAAAUUCUCUAUAUUAUUUGGUUUGUUCCUCACAUAUUUCGGUACUUGUUCCGUAUACACUGUUAUUGUAGCUAAGAAUUUCGAACAGGUUAUGGAACAUUGGUUAGGCUAUGAAGUAUCUUUGCGUUUACUCAUUUCCUGCUUGCUCAUUCCUCUUAUAUUAUUGUCGUGGAUUCCAAAUUUGAAAUAUCUUGCCCCCGUUUCCAUGAUUGCCAAUGUUUUCAUGGGCUUAGGUUUGGGCAUUACUUUCUAUUAUUUGGUAAUGGAUUUGCCUUCGAUUGAGACUAGAGAUUAUAUACAUGUUUCAACACUGCCAGCCUUCUUCUCUAUUACCAUUUUUGCCAUGGAAGCUAUUGGUGUUGUAAUGCCAUUGGAGAAUAACAUGGAAAAUCCACGUCACUUUUUGGGCAUUUGUGGUGUACUGUCGCAGGGUAUGUCUGGUGUUACAUUGAUCUAUAUGUUUUUGGGUUUCUUGGGUUAUUUGCGUUAUGGUAAUUCUACCGAAGAAAGUAUAACCUUGAAUUUGCCCGUCGAUGAAUGGCCUGCCCAAGCUGUUAAAGUGUUGAUCGCUUUAGCUGUUUUCUGUACUUUUGGUCUUCAAUUCUAUGUUUGUUUGGAAAUCGUCUGGGAUUCCAUUAAGGAGAAAUGUACAAAACGUCCUACUUUUGUUAACUAUGUUUUAAGAACUGUAUUGGUUACCGCCGCUGUCGUUUUAGCCGUCUCAGUGCCUACAAUAGCACCAUUUAUGGGUCUUAUUGGUGCCUUCUGCUUUUCCAUUCUUGGCUUGAUAUUUCCCGUCUUCAUUGAAUUGGUUACCCAUUGGGAUACCGGUUUUGGUGCCUACAACUGGAUUGUAUGGAAAAAUAUUCUCAUAACUAUAUGCGGUGUAACCGCCUUAGUAUUUGGUUCGAUGAGCGCCAUACAAGAUAUCGUUGGUUUAUACACCACAAAAACAUAAGAAAUCUAAAAAAAAAUACAAAACAAAAAAUAAUUUAAGCAAAUUAUUAUUUUAGUUUUUAAGUUCAAUAGAAAAAAAAAAAUAGCAAAGAAGAAUUUGUAGUAUUUUUGUGCAAAUUUAAUACAAAUUAAUUGAACUUUACCAAUAAGAAAAUUUUAAUAACAUUUCGUUUUGUUUAUUAACAAUACAAACGAAAGUAUUAAAUUCUAACUUUUGUUAGAAAUCUAUAAAAAAACAAAAUUUGAAACAAUUUACAACUUUUCAAUGUGCAUGCAAAAAAAAACAAAAACUUUAAUUAAAAAUACUAAAAAUUGCACGCUUUAUAUAUUUAAAUUAAAGAAAAAACUUAAACUUAAAAAAAAUAGUUAAAAAAAUUAUAAAAUAUGAAACAGUGCCUUUAUUUUUAAUAUAAAAAUCUGUUUCUCUAGAACUGUUUAAUAGAAAAACUCAUAAAUCGUAUGAAACAUAUACAUUUAUUGUAAAAAAAAAUAAGAUUUCCAAAAUAUAUUUUUUAUAUAAAUUUUGUGAAAUUGAACAAGAUUUUUUGCCCAAAAGACAGUUUUAAAAAAAUUAAAUAGUGUAGUUUAAAGAAAUAUAUAAAAAUUCAUAAAAAUAUAAAAAAAUUGCAUGAGUUGUACGAAAAACAAAAAUAACAAUAACAAGAUCUAUCAUGCAUUUAGUAAGUUUUUUUUUUUAAAUAUAAAAUAAAUUGUUAUACACAGCUCCGAUCAGGUUUAUUAUAUUUAAUUCAUAAUUUAAAAGUAAAGCAAGAUUUAUUUAUAUUUUUAAUAUAUUUUGUUUUUCUAAACUUUUAAUUAUUUUAUAUUUUAUACAUAACAUGUAUUUAAUUAUUUCUUUAUUUAUAAUCAUGUUCCCUCUUUUAAGUUAAAAUCUUGCUUUGUUUUGUAAUAAUCUUAAAUUAAGAAAACACAAUUUUCUUUUUAAAUGUAAUUUGUAGAAUAAAAGUAUUUAGUUUUUCUAAAUUUUAAACAAUUCUUAAAUAUGCAAUAUACAUAUAUUUUCCUAUAGCUAAUAACUUUGUAUUUUACAUUUAUUUUGGGAAAAUUGUGUUUUUAUGUUAAGAGUAUUAAUUUAAUUUAAAUUAUUCAAUUUAUUUUUUAUAAAAACAAUAGUCAAAACAAAUUCAUGUAAUCAUUAGUACUCAAUUCAAAAGAAAGAAAAAAAAUAUAAACAUUUUUUAUUUUUACACAAA